AUGUUUAUAUUUCAUAUUUUUAUGCUGUUAAAUUUUUACACAAAUUUUAUUAUUUCGACUUCUUUUGAUAAUUUAUCUACUGUUACAAAAUCUGAUUUCUAUGAUCCAUCAACUUUUAUGAUAUACGUUUACUACAAUCGGCCCGAUCAAGACUGCCCUUUGUGUAAGAAAUUUAAUGAAAAGAUAUCAGAAUUACCUAUUCCUAUUAAAAAAAUCAACUUUUUUACAGAACCAUUCCUUGCAUCACAUUUGUAUAUUUUUGAAUUCCCUACUUUUAUAAUCAGGCACAAGUUAAAAUCUUAUGUUAUUAGAGCUACUACUGUAGAUGAAUUAUUUAAUGUAGUAGAAAAUAAUAAGUGGGUAAACUUAAAACCCUUUUAUGCAUUAUUUAAUCCUACUACGUAUUUUACUAAGAUUUAUGCUUAUUUUUAUUUUCUCUUUUAUUAUUUUAUAGAAUAUCUAUCAGAUUAUAUUGAGAAAGUACCAAGUUGUGUAGUAAAUGGUAUUCUUACAUUUAUAAUAUGUUAUCUAGUUAUUUCUAUUGUAAAUAUAUUUAAGAAUAAAUAA